AUGACGAUACCAGUGUUGGCCAUUGGCCAUAUACUUUCAGCAAGCAUUGACAGCGUGGCCAACUGUGAGGACGAACAUGCAUGUGCAGACGCAACAACGCAUUUCUCAGGAUUUCCGCGAAAGGUGCGUUGUGCCAAGAAGUGGAGUGCGGCGCCAGACCGACAGAGCUGGAAGACGCCGCAUUCGAUAUCUCGAAAGCCUGGAUUCUGGGCCUCUGGCACCGUGAUGGUCGCCGGCGCCAUCCUCGUAAACGAUGCCGGGAGAGAGUUCAAGAAGCGCCAGUCUCCGCCAGAAGAACCCCUGUCUCCCAUAGACCCUUUACCAGCUGGGAUUUCAUCCUCGGGGCAAGAGUCCAUUGCACGCAUGCGGCGACUGAACGUGGCCACCAGAGCAUUGCGCUCAGUACGGACUCGGCCAACUGCUCAACGGCACACGCAAUGGGGAGCUCAUCGCAUACUGCCCCUUUCCACCACGAGAGCGUGCUCCUGCACCGCGCCCAAGCCCUCCGAGCCGUGCGAUAGAACAACGCCCUCCGCUUCGACUCCCGCACCGGACCAUCGAACUAUCGGAGCCGCCCAAGAUCUCUUUGCAACCUCCUUGUACAGUCCCGGAUCGCCCCUCUUCCAGCCCAAUGGCACCCACAUACUCAACAAACUUCUCGCUUUCCUUCGCGCACAAUACCGGCAGUAUGGCUUCCAAGAAGUGCUGACACCAACCAUUUACAAAAAAUCUCUGUGGGAACUGUCUGGCCACUGGCAGAACUACAAGGAUGAUAUGUACGAAGUGCGUGGUCGCGGUGCCACAGGGGAAACCACGCACGGCGAGAUUGGCGAGGACGAGUCUUAUGGACUCAAGCCGAUGAACUGUCCGGGCCACUGUUUGCUGUUUAAAUCGCAGAAGUGGUCGUAUCGCGACCUUCCCGUUCGAUAUGCGGAUUUCAGUCCUCUCCAUCGGAAUGAAGUGUCCGGUUCCUUGUCGGGUUUGACGCGCGUUCGCCGAUUCCACCAGGACGAUGGCCACAUAUUUUGUCGACCCCAGCAGAUCGGAAGAGAAAUCCAAUUAGCGUUGAAAUUCACCGAUACUGUUAUGAAGACAUUUGGGUUGGGAGAAUAUAAGCUUGUCCUUUCUACAAGGCCGGAAAAGGAUUUCAUCGGAAGCCUUGAAUUAUGGGACGCGGCUGAAAAGCAACUUAAAGAUGCGCUGGAAAAGAGUGGAAGGAACUGGGAAAUCAACGAGGGCGACGGGGCUUUUUAUGGCCCCAAGAUCGACUUUCAGCUUCAAGAUUCUGAUGGGAAAUUCCAUCAACUAUCCACAAUUCAGCUGGAUAUGAACCUACCCCAACGGUUUGGCUUGGAGUAUAUGGUUCCGGAAGGGGAAGAGGACUACAAUGCCUCAACUGAUGGAAAGGGCACGCCGGUCUUGAUACAUAGGGCGAUUUUCGGGUCCUUGGAGCGCUUUUUCGCGCUUCUGAUUGAGCACUAUAAUGGCCGAUGGCCAUUCUGGCUUUCACCCCGCCAAGCCAUAAUUUUGACUGUGAAUCAGGACGACGACGUAUUGAAAGCCGCUGAUGAAGCUGCUGCGAAGAUGUGCGGCUAUCAAAGGAUUCCUUUCCAUGAAGCAAACGAACUGGAAGCUCCAUCCCAACCGCUAUCACCGCUCCAGCCAAGUUUCCACGUAACUGUGGAUAAGUCUGCACGCUCUCUAGCAAAGAAGAUUAGAGAAGCGCAGAUAAUGAAGUACAACCUCAUCUUCGUGAUCGGCCCGAAAAACUUGGCUGACGGGAGUGUUGAUGUUGACUUCACCGGCCAGAUAGCCAGGAACAGCGAAAAGACGCAGGGCUUUUUGGACCACACUCCGGGCUGGGAUGUGAACCUCUCUCCGAAUGGAAAGACAGCCAAGAUGAAAAUGAAGAUAAACGAUGUCUAUGACUGGCUAAUUCGGCUGGAGAAACAGUUUUGUUAA